AUGCCUCCCGCUACUGGUAGCUCCAACGGUGAGCCAAACGGCUCAGCCAGCACUCCUGCUGGCCCUUCAACCACCUCGGCAGCCAAGCCUGCUAAGCGCAAGCCAGAAAAUGUUCGAGACUCGCCAACUUCGUUGGAUGCUGCCGACGCGCUCGGAGUCAAGCCGCUUGCCAGAGCUGUCCUCGUUUGCAAGAGGUGUCGCUCCAAGAAGAUCAAGUGCGACCAAGCUUUCCCAGCAUGCGGAUCCUGCGUCAAAGCAGGGGAGCCUUGUGUCGGAAUCGACUCGGCCACGGGCCGCGAAGUCAGUCGCAGUUACAUCGUCGAUCUCGAGCAUCAAAUUGCCGAGCUGCGAGCACAAAAUGCAGAACUCGAACGCCUUUUGGCCGAACAGCCAUCAUCACGUCCCGCCAACGAUGCUUCGUCGGGACUCAAACGACCUCUGCAGCACGUCAAGACCGAGUUUCCACUCGAUCAGUCCGAGUCGGCCGCCUCGCCUGACCGUCGCCCAGCAAAGCGUCUCGCCACAUCCCCUCGCAGCGAAGGCGAGAAAGAAGCGCCGGACCCGUUACUGCCAGGCCUCGUGCUAGGCCCGGCUGGAGUAGAAGUGUUGUCUACCACAUCGACGGAAGGCAAGCACUCUCAUGCCAGGCCGCUGGUCAGCCGCCUCAACUCCCAUGCAAGUGGUCUGUCUCCCGCUCGCUUGCUUUGUCAGGCCAUCCAGCAAUCAGCCCAAGCCGGUCUGCGCAUCCGCGACCCUGGGUCUACGGGGCGCGGUAAGAAGUUUGGCACCCAGAGCCUCGGGGAAGAUCUCAGCAGAAGAGCCAAGACCAACUCGUCCAGAGAGCCUGCCCAACCAGAGGGCGAAGCGAGUCGCUACUCUGACAACGACAACGGCUAUGGUCCGUCCGCAAAGGUCGAGCUCAAAUCCGCCUCACCGCGGAGCGGCACAGCAACACCAUCCGAGGGGAAGAAGAACUCUCCUUUCGAUGACGGAGAUCCUAUGCAGUAUGCCACUUCCACUGAGACUGCUGACAUUACCGUGCCCGCACCCGAGCAAGCGCUUAAGCCGUCUCCGCUCCCCGCUCCCUUCCCGCCAUUAUCCGUCGCGAGAAAGCUGAUCGAUGCUUACUUUGAACGCGUCAAUCCUCAGCUUCCCAUCCUCGACCGAGCUUCGUUCAUGGUUCGAUUCGAAAACGCGAGCAGGAUCGGUCUGGAACGGACCAGAGCCAAGCUGACGGCCGAGCAACGGCGCCAGCUGCAAAACGACGACGACAAGAUCUCCAUCGAGAUGCAGCCAGCGGACGGUCAUCUUUUCCAUCUGGUGUUUGCCAUUGCUGCCGCCAUGGGCUGGACCCGCUCUAGUUGGAGCGCCGAGAAUCACCACGAGGCGGCCAUGCGCUACCUUGACCCUAGGCGAUUGAUAGGCUCGGGCCAAGAAGGCAACGUGGGCGCCAUCAUGGGUCGUGAUGCGCUCGAACAGCUUCAAUGUCUGCUCCUCACUGCUCUCUACUCGAUCAUGCGUCCAAUGAAGCCUGGUGUAUGGUAUUGCCUCGGCGUCGCUCUUCGCCUCACCACGGGCAUCGGCCUCUACACAGAGACUCCGGGCGUGCUGGAAGCGUCUGGAAAUCAGCCUCAAGAUGCAAGCGAGACUUUGGUCGAGAAGAAGCGUCGGCUGUUCUGGUGCUCGUAUGCACUGGAUCGUCAGGUGUGCGUUCACCUUGGACGACCUUUUGGAAUUGCCGACUCGGACAUUAAAGUGAAUCUGCCAUGGGUUCACAACGAGAGUGAAAUGGUCGCGAUGCCGAUAGCAGAAGACAAGAACCGUGCUGAAGGCACUGGCGCUAUGGAGGAGGAUGUCGACUCGUCCACAGAGAUAGCGCGCAGGGAAGCCGCAUCCGUUUUGGCGACCCUCCAGGCGAGCUCAAAUGAUCAGCAAGGCUCAUCGAGUCAUGCCACCACCGUCUCGCUGCCAAAACCGAAGGAUGCCAGUCGAUGGGUCUCGCUAUCCUUCUUCCGCAUGCGCAUCCUCCAAUCCGAAAUUCAGUCGAUGCUCUACCAAAACGCAGAGCUGCCUCGCCGUUUCGACUCGUAUGCGCACUGGAAGACCGACAUCCUUCGAAGGCUGCAUGCCUGGCGCCGCUACGCUCCCGCGUCCAAGAAAGAUCUCGAGGCGAGCGGAUGCGGGUACAACCCCAUCUUCCUCGAGCUCAACUAUCAGCAGACUCUGCUCAUGGUGUACGGAUUGAGCCCCCGCUUUCCCAAUGCCUCUCGCAAGGACUUGGCCUACGUCGAAGAAUGCAGUCGCAGCAUCAUCAACAUGUAUGCGACACUAUCUAAGGAAGGUCAGAUGAACUACACUUGGAUGACGGGUCACAACGUGUUUAUCGCCUGCACAAGCUACCUGUACGCUAUCUGGCAGAUCAGCGCCACGGAUCCAGCCUCGUUCCGGUCCAGCGUCACGCUCGGCUUCCGCAACAAGGUGGAUGAGAUCCAUCACUUCGCAGCUGCCUGCGACAAGGUGCUGUCCUCACUGCAAUGGGCCACCGCCGAGAAAUGCCGCAAAUGUCUGCGCACCAUGUUCUAUGCUACGUCGGUGGUGGUCGAGAAGAUCGACAGAAUGUCUUCAGCUCGGUCUGCAAACGUCGGUCGCCUCGAAGGUGGAGUCUCAGGCGAAGAAGAGGCGCAUCAGAUAGCCGGCAGAGGCUCGGCCGAGAAAGGAUCGCAGAACCCAGCAGACUUACAGCCGGAAGCCGCUGCCAAACGGUCUUCGUCAGUCUCGAGACGGCCCGUGCCUGCUACAUCAACAUCAGCUUCGUCUUGGUCUCUGUACUCGCAAGAACGCGAUUGGCGGCCAUCGUCACCAAAGAGAUCCAUGGAGCCCCCGGCUCCUUCACCUCAAUCCGUGUCUUCCAUGCAAGCGGCGCGAUGGAGUCAAGGUGCUCAAGGGCGUGCGUCACCUGGCUCGGGCGUCUUUUGGCCGGUCGAGAGUGACACGCCGACCUAUCGUAGCGACCUUGGCACCAGCAGUCGUGGUUUCAGCUCAAGACUGACGUCGACGCCGGCAGACACGUACGCUAGUGAUGCCACGACGCCCAGUCGAGGACUCGACGUAGGACCGAGCCUGGUUGAAGCGGCCAACAGCAGCAAUGCUUGGUAUGGGAUUGGGUCGGGGUCGGAGACGAGCCCGAAGAUGCUGUUCGGAGACAGUCCGUCGAAUUUCGACAUCUCGUCGUUGAUGGCCACCUCGGCGAUGGAGCUCGAUUUCAUUUUCAGGGAAGCAGGCUUGUCGGCGGGCCCGUCAGUCGACCAGCGCGACUGGUUGGACAAUACAUCUGCUCCUCAUCCGCAUAGCUCGGUGCCAGCGACGCAGUAUGUGCUCAACGGAAACGCCCGAGACCACGCUGGUUCACAGAUGGUCCAAGCCGAGACGAUGAGUACCUUCUAUGAUCCCGUUCAGACCGUGUCGUCUGGCAGCGAGACGAGGGCUUUCGAUUCUGGUCCCGUGAUCAAUGUCGAGCAGCAUGGCAUGGUGGGUGCGGUGGCUGAAGGCGAGGCUUUUGAGACGGACUGGGAAGCGCUGGGGCUAGGAUAUCGGAUGAGCGCGCCGUCGCAGUACAACGCUUCCAUGCCGAUGUUUUCGGAUCAGUCCGGUCAGGCGCAGCAACAGCAGCAGCAAGGGUUCGCAGGUGCUCGUGGCCACGCGCAGCAACAGGCGAAUGCUGCGCACGGAGCUGCCGAAUUUGAUCAGCGCUUCCUUGACUCGCAUAUGGGCUUUUAG